CCUCUUCCGCAAUAUUUUGUAGAUCUUUUUCCAAAAUUUCUGUGCCAAAAUUUGAUCCGUCUCUUCAAAUUGCGCUUGGUGUUUGGGUGUACAGAACGAGGUUAUCAGGAGUGAAUAGAUUCGUACAUUUUGCUUUUCUUUGGUCUCAAUUAUUUCAAAGUAAAAUGUCAAUUCGAACAAACAAGAUGAAAGCAGUAGCUGUGUUGCUGAAGCAGUUGAUGACAGCAAGGAGCAAAUUUGAUGAAAGAGGAAGAGAUGAAUCAUUUGAUAGGAAGUUGGAGAAGUUGAGAUUAGAUCUGAAGAAGAUAAAGGAUGUGUUUGUGAGGGUGAAGAAGAACGAAGAAGAACUCCUUGACAUAUUAGCAGAGGUGUAUGACCAUCUUCGCAAGUUAGACCGUGGGAAGCUGAAUCAAGACAUGGAUGACAUUUGCCAGAGAAUCAGAGAUUCUGCUCACAAUUUGCUCCCAAAGCAAGCUUUUGAUGAGUCAUCUGAGGUGGAGGAUCACAAGGGUGGCGAAAUGUUUGCCCAACCAGAAGAGUUGGUGCAGCUCCAACAGAAGAAGAGUUGGACUAUGGAAGAUUUUAACCUGCUAGACGAUUUAUUAAAAGCUUGCUUGUUAACUCUCCUAAUUUUCCCUGAGAACGCUGUGAUAAGGAAAAGAAAUGUAAUUAAUUUGUGGAUCGGAGAGUGUUUGAUUAAAAAUACAGUGGAGAAAACAGCAGAGGAAUUGGGUGAGGAUGUGGUUGAUAAUCUUUUGAAAUUUAAGGUGAUUGGACGCUAUGGUAGUAAAAAGGAUCUCCUUGUCAAAAAAUUUCAAGUUCUUCCUCACGUUCGUAGUAAGUUGAAGUUAUAUUUAGAUGGAGCUUUAGAGAUGAAGUAUUAUUCAGAUGGAAAUUCAAAGUAUAUUAGACAAACCCGGUUACUGCUUGAUAGAAAAAAAGUUACAGUAGGUGGACUUCAUACAAAAGAUUUUACUUUACGUACUAUUUUUAAUAUUGGUGCAAGUUAUCUGAAUAUUAGACCUCAAUGGGUCACUGAUUUGAAGGGUUUAGAGGUGGUUCAACUUGGGCGUUGGCAAGAUUCAUAUUUGCAUCACAUUGAAGUUGGGAGUCAAGAAUUCUUGAGAGAGUUGAGAACUCUGAAGCAGUUGAAAUAUCUGAGUCUGCAUGGCAUAUCAAGAAUAUUCGAGCUUCCAUCCUCCAUUGCUGAACUUGAGAAUAUACUAAUUCUUGAUCUCAAAGCUUGCCAUAAUAUGGAAAAGCUACCAGAUGAUAUUUCAUCAAUGAAAAGUCUGACACACCUGAUUAUGUCCGAUUGUUGCUUACUGGAGGGCAUGCCAAAGGGGGUUGAGAAGCUCACUAAUCUCCAAGUACUCAAGGGAUUUUUAAUAACCACUUCUGAAAAGACUCCUUGCAGAAUUUCAGAUCUUGCUAAUAAUUUGAAGAAACUAAGGCGACUCAGCAUACGUAUAGGAAGUGAGGCUGUGAUCGAGGAUGGGGAGUUUCAAAGUUUGGGAAGUUUGUCAGCACUGAGGAAUCUCAAAAUAUCUUGGAGUGUGUCUGACCCAUAUAUUCGUGUCAUUUUGCCACCAAGUUUGAGAAAGUUGCAUCUUGAAUGUUUUCCUGGAAAUAGUUUUAUAGAUUGUUUUAUGACAGGCAGGUAUGAUAGUGGGUUGUCAGAGUUAAAUAUAACUGGAGGAAAACUGAAAAGUAUAAAUCCAAGUAUGUUAAUGUGGAAAGUGGAAAUACUGCGUCUGAAGUAUCUUAAGCAAUUGAAUAUUGACAUGGAUAAUUUGAAAGUAUGCUUUCCUGGGCUGAAAUAUGUAGAAAUUAAACAAAUCUCAAACUAUUCAUACAUUGAGCAUGAAUGGAGCUUAUAAUAUGAAUCAGAUACUGAAUGAAAAGAGAGGUAGAGUUAAGUCAUGUCAACAUGUUCUGUAUGUUUAUUUUUUUCUCUGAAUAGUGGUGUCAUUUACACAAUGCUAUUCCCAAAUGUCUUUCUCUAUAUACAUUGUGGAUGUACGAGUGAACAAAAUUCAAU